AUGCCAGCAACUCGAAACCGAAGGACAAGAGCGGCCCUUGCUGAUGUUGUGGAGGCAGCAUCGAACGGACGAAGUCAAAAGCGUUCAAAGACAGAUAUGAAUGAGCACAAAGAACCAGAAAACAUGGAUGAUCCUGCUGGGGAUGAGCCCGGAACUCCGCAGUUGUAUUAUUUUGAAGGCGUGGAAUAUGACACAUAUCAAGAGUUUGUGGAUGCAAAACGAGAGAGAAACCAACAAAAGAUGUUCGAUCUUGGAUUGGGAGAGAAUAGCAGUCUGAAACUUUCGUCAGCAUUGAAAAUUGCAAAAUCUGCCGCCACUCAGCGAGGCCUUCAAAGGAAGAAAGAGAAAAACGCAGAGCCUACCGCUCGACGUCGAUCUAGUCGAGUGUCUGGCGACAAAGCGAAUCUCGUUGCUCUAGACUACUAUGUACCAAAUUGGAAUACAGAUAAUAAAUCUAUUGUCACAGUUGCCGAGGGUGAAGGUGGUGAAGAAGAAAAGGAAGAGACGCCAGCAUUCUUCAAGGGACGCGUCAACCACGGCGAGGAUUUGACGCUAGAACAGGCAAUUGAGCUCAACGAGCCAAAAUGGAUUACGGAUGAAUCACUAAAGCUAGCGCAAGACUUUCAGAAAGAUAUCAUGAGUUUGGAAGAAACCAACAAAACCAGAAAGGCAGCAAGUGUAUCGAUGACGACCGUCGAAAAGAGAAUCAAGGACCUUUCGAUCGACAACGAAGAAUGGAUUGCAAAGGUAACACCAGAUCGUAUUUAUAGCGUUGCCUGUCAUCCGAGUGAGACAAAGAUGAUAGCUGGUGCAGGAGACAAGGGAGGAUAUGUUGGAUUGUGGGAUGUGGAUUCAAGAUCUGAAAGCAAUAAUGGUGUUCAUCUAUUCCGUCCUCAUUCUCGGCCAGUAUGUUGUAUGGAUUGGGUAUCCAAAGAUUCCAUGGUGUCUGCCUCUUAUGAUGGUACUGUUCGCUUGCUCAACGUAGAGAAAGGAACAUUUCAGGAGAUCUUCGCGACAUACAAUGGUGACUCAGAAUACUUGGAAGAGCUUGGAUAUAACUUGGAUGAGGGAUACAAUUAUUGGACCCAAUUCGUUGCUGUUGACAAGCGCUAUCAAGGAUCAAAUCCAAGUAUAUUCAUGUCCACAUCUGCUGGAACAGCAAUGCAUAUUGAUCUUCGUGUUUCGGAUAAGCAAAGGAUUUCAUUCAACGUGGACUUGAGUGCAAAGAAGAUCAACAGUCUGAGCCUUCAUCCCGAUGGUAACAUCCUUGCCUCCGGAGGUCUCGACAAUACAGUGAAUCUUUGGGAUAUCCGAAAGUUUGGAUCAAACUCAAAGAAAGCUCUCAAGCCAAUUGCCUCAUAUUCUGUUGGUCGUUCAGUCAACAGCGCGUUCUUCUCGCCCGAUGGGACCUCAUUGCUCACCACUACCAUGAUGGACAAGCUCGAGAUCUUUGACAAUGCCCAUCUCAAGACCAGUACCAUCAAGCCAACCAAGAGUAUCCGUCACAACAACCAGACUGGACGUUGGUUGACUACUUUCAUGGCAGUCUGGCAUCCAAAGUUGGAUAUCUUUGUCAGUGGUUCCAUGAAUAAACCUCGCUGUAUUGAGAGUUUUGAUUCCAAAGGCAAUUGCCUUCGUGAGAUCACUGGUGAUGCUCUGGGAUCUGUCAUGAGUCGAUGUUGCUAUCAUCCAUCGACCGAAAAAAUGGCCAUUGUCGGAGGAAACUCGUCUGGAAGAGUAGUGGUCAUACGUUAA